CCUCAGACAGACGCCGCACACCUCAGACAAAAACACUCUCCAGACUUGUCUCAUUACAUUGCAUAAUAGCGACAAGCCAUCAUGCGUGAGUGUAUCUCCAUCCACGUCGGUCAGGCCGGUGUCCAGAUUGGCAAUGCCUGCUGGGAGCUUUACUGCCUGGAACAUGGGAUCCAGCCGGAUGGACAGAUGCCCAGCGAUAAAGCUAUCGGCGGAGGAGACGAUUCCUUCAACACCUUCUUCAGUGAGACCGGAGCCGGAAAGCACGUCCCCAGGGCUGUUUUUGUGGAUCUGGAGCCCACUGUCAUCGAUGAGGUGCGCACUGGGACCUACCGCCAGCUGUUCCACCCCGAGCAGCUGAUCACCGGGAAGGAGGACGCUGCCAACAACUACGCCCGUGGACACUACACCAUCGGCAAAGAGAUCAUCGACCUGGUGCUGGACAGGAUCCGCAAACUGGCGGACCAGUGCACUGGCCUUCAGGGCUUCCUGGUUUUCCACAGCUUCGGAGGCGGCACCGGUUCCGGUUUCACCUCCCUGCUGAUGGAGCGUCUGUCCGUCGAUUACGGCAAGAAGUCCAAGCUGGAGUUCUCCAUCUACCCAGCUCCCCAGGUGUCCACGGCUGUGGUGGAGCCCUACAACUCCAUCCUGACCACCCACACCACCCUGGAGCACUCUGACUGUGCCUUCAUGGUGGACAACGAGGCCAUCUACGACAUCUGCCGCAGGAACCUCGACAUCGAGCGUCCCACUUACACCAACCUGAACAGGCUGAUCAGUCAGAUCGUGUCCUCCAUCACCGCGUCCCUUCGUUUCGAUGGCGCCCUCAAUGUCGAUUUGACAGAGUUCCAGACCAACUUGGUGCCAUAUCCCCGAAUCCACUUCCCUCUGGCCACCUACGCCCCUGUCAUCUCCGCUGAGAAGGCUUACCAUGAGCAGCUCUCAGUGUCCGAAAUCACCAACGCCUGCUUUGAGCCGGCCAAUCAGAUGGUGAAAUGCGACCCUCGCCACGGUAAAUACAUGGCUUGCUGCCUUUUGUAUCGUGGUGAUGUGGUGCCCAAAGAUGUCAAUGCUGCCAUUGCCACCAUUAAAACCAAGCGCUCCAUCCAGUUUGUGGACUGGUGCCCCACUGGUUUCAAGGUGGGCAUCAACUACCAGCCGCCCACUGUAGUUCCUGGUGGAGACCUGGCCAAGGUCCAGAGGGCUGUGUGCAUGCUGAGCAACACCACUGCUAUUGCAGAGGCCUGGGCUCGGCUCGACCACAAGUUUGACCUGAUGUACGCUAAGCGUGCCUUUGUUCACUGGUAUGUGGGUGAGGGGAUGGAGGAGGGAGAGUUCUCUGAGGCCAGAGAGGACAUGGCGGCUCUGGAGAAAGAUUAUGAGGAGGUCGGAGUCGACUCCAUCGAGGGUGAGGGAGAGGAGGAGGGAGAGGAAUAUUAAAAGGGACACAAGUUAAACAGAUAACAAAUGAUUUCAUUUGUUCUUAAGCACAAUUCAAACAGAAAUGUUUGUCUAUUCAUUACCAGCCUGCAUAUUUUCAGAGUGAA